AUGACGAUGGAAGACCAGGCAUUCUGGUAUGAUAACUGCUACGGCGACUAUGUAGCGACCUCAACAAGUAUCAUCCCGCGAAAUUGGUCGAGGAAUAAAAAGAGGGUGUUAGACCGUGAAGAAGCAAUGAAUAUAAAACGAUCCAAAAUGAACGAAGCGGUUUCUGUUAUAUAUUCAUGUGACAAUAGUGAAAUUCUAAUUCCUGAUGAUGAUGUUGAUGUUGAUAACGAUAAUGACGACGACAGUGAGUAUGAACAUUACAUGUCCGCAUCAGAUCUAAACAACAACUGUGAUGAGUCUCAUGUGACCCGAUCUGUAGAAGAACCAAAUAACAAAACCAAAAAACAGUUCCCAUCAAUUCAAAUCAGAUCCGGCCAUAAAACAAUUCACGAACCACUGAUGCGCUGUCUCGUCCACUGUAUCUCAAAGUAUAAGGUCACUACUAAUGACCUGAUGGGAAUCACUGUAUCGAUAGCCAACACGAUAUUUGAUCAAAACUGGGAGUUGGCCGGACUUCUUGGCGACCGUGAAAAUGGCAAAACGGUUAGCACUACUGAAGAAAGAAGAGCUGAAAAGAAAACGAAACGAAAAAAUGCUGAAGGUUUUGGAGUCAUGCAAGACACAUGGAGGACCAGUAACACCGACAACGAUUAA